AUGACCGCCAUUCGAGAGUUGCCUCUUGGCUGGAUUGUCUUGACCAGUUUCAUAGGCUGUUCCAUGCCCAAGCUGCUGCAUCUGUCGCUACCCGAAACCGGAUUUCCACCGUUGGUUCUGUAUUUUGUCAUAUUUGGGGGCCUCUUUGCCAUCCAGGCGGGUUUGUUUGCCUUUUAUGCCGUCAUAGUCUACCCUUUAUUCUUGUCUCCAUUUCGACACCUGCCUUCUCCCAAGGGCGGGAUCCCGUUCUUUGGCCAUGGGCGCGAUAUCCGAAUUUACGGGCCCGGACACAUGGCGAGACAAUGGUACGCUCAAGCCAAAGACGACGGCCUCAUGCGCGUCCUCUGGCACGGGAACCAGGAAAUGAUCUUUGUUCGCUCCCAGCAGGCGUUGUCAGAGGUUUUUGUCAAGAACAGCUACCAGUUUGAGAAGCCCGACUUUAUUCGCGGCUUCCUCGCCUUCAUCAUCGGCUGGGCCCUCCUCACCACCGAAGGCGACGAGCACAAGAAGCAGCGCCGCAACAUGCUGCCUGCCUUUUCCUUUCGCCACAUCAAAGACCUGUACCCUCUCUUCUGGAAAAAGUCAUGCGAGAGCGUGGCUGCAAUGGCGGCUGACUGCCGCGCGCAAGACCCCGUCAAAGGCUGCGGCGAGAUGGAGAUUGCCUCGUGGUCUGCGCGCAGCGGGUUAGACAUCAUCGGCCUCGCGGCGACGGGUAUUGACUUUGGGGCCAUUGCCGACGGCGACAAUCCGCUCGCCCAGAGCUACUACUGCCUCAACCCGGCGCCGUCCGACUUCCUUCUCAUCGGCAUGCGCGCGUUCUUGCCGCAAUGGAUCGUUACAAACCUGCCUGUCCCGCGCAUCUGGUCGGUGAACAAGGCCGCCAAGCACAUCCGCCAAGUGUGCCGGGAGCUCAUCGGGGAGAAGAGGGCGAAGCAAGCCAGCAAGGAGGACAUGGGCGUCGACAUUCUCAGCGUGGCGAUGCAGAGUGGCCUGUUUAGCGACGAGAACCUCGUCGACCAGAUGAUGACGUUCCUGUCGGCCGGCCACGAGACGACGGCCGCGUCGCUGGUCUGGGCCAUCUACCUCUUGUCCAAGUAUCCCAAUAUGCAGGAGCGCCUCCGUGCUGAGAUCAGAGAGCACCUGCCGUCGCCUGACGCGGAAAACCACGAAAUCACUAGCAACGAUAUUGACGGCAUGCCGUACCUCAAUGCCGUGUGUAGCGAGGUACUGCGCACGCACGGGCCCGUGGCCACAACGAUCCGCGUGGCCAACUGCAACACGGUCGUCGAGGGCCAGUACAUCCCGCGCGGCACACUCCUCAUUAUCCCCAUCUGGGCCAUCAACACGGAUCCGCUCCUCUGGGGGCCUGACGCCACUGAGUUUAAGCCGGAGCGCUGGCUGACGCCCGAGCAGGGCGGGACAAGCAAGGCCAACGCGGCGAGCGGUGGUGCCACGAGCAACUACGCCUUUAUGACAUUUAUCCACGGCCCGCACAGCUGCAUUGGCGGCAACUUUUCAAAGUCAGAAAUGGCAUGCCUGCUGGCGGCAUGGGUGGGCAGGUUCGAGUUUACCAUAAAGAACAAGGCGCUGCUGGACGAGCGCAACAUGGUCGUCAACCCCAGCGUUGUGGCGAAGCCAGAGGGUGGCUUGCACAUGCUUGCCAAGGUGAUUGACGGCUGGUAA